AUGACAGACCGCAAGGAGUCGUUCAAGGGCGACGCGACCCACUACGAGGACAAGCACGACGCCGAGAUCGCGCACGCCAAGGCGCCGCACGUCGCCGACACUUUCGCCGACGCCUAUGUCGACCCGACGCUGCAGAUCUCGGACGCCGAGAACACUGCGCUCCGCCGCCGCGCGCACCGCCGCAUCCUCCCCUUCCUGUGUCUCGCGUACCUCUGCCAGGCGCUCGACAAGGGCACGACCGGCACGUCGUCCAUCAUGGGCUGGCAGAAGGAUAUCGGCGCCAAGGGCCAGGACUAUGCGCUCACUUCGACUCUGUUGUGGUGCGGAAUUAUUCUCGGUGAACCUAUUGCAAACCAAUGCGUCCGUCGCUUCCCCGUCGCCAAGCUCCUCGGUGGCGGUAUCCUCAUCUGGUCGGCGCUGCUCUUCGGCCUCGCCUUCUCGCUGGCCGUGCCCCCCGUCUUUGCCAUCCGUUUCCUGCUCGGAUUUUUCGAGUCGCUCGUCGGCCCCUGUCUCCUGUCGCUCACGGUCCAGUGGUACAGGAAGGAGGAGCAGCCUUUCGUCUCUGCCAUGUGGCAGAUGAUGCUGGGCCUCAACUCCAUGUUUGGCGGUAUCCUCGGCUUCGCCUUCUACCACGUGCAGAAGAACGCGCUCCGCGGCUGGCAGUGGAUGACCAUUGCCAUUGCCAUCUUCUCGCUCAUUUCCGGCGUCGUCAUCCUCCUGUGGCUCCCCGACUCGCCCACCAAGGCGCGCUGGGCUAGCGAGGAGGAGAAGUCCAAGUUUGUCGAGCGCGUCCGUGUCAACAACCAGGGCCUCAAGAACACCGAGUUCAAGCGCGAGCAGGUCAUGGAGGCGUUCACCGACCCCUACACGCUACUACUCUUCCUGCUUCCCUUCUUCCAGACCCUCAUCGUCGGCGGCAUCAACACCUUUGCGCCUCUGCUCAUCAACAAGGCGUUCGGCUUCUCGGUCCUCAACGCUCAGCUGCUCAACAUCCCCAUGGGCGUCAUGACGGUUCUCAUGUACCUUCUCAUCCAGUACCUCAUCACCAAGACGAACCAGACUCUCCUUGUCAUGAUCGGCUUCACGAUCCCCAACAUCAUCGGCACCAUCGUCCUGAUCACGGUCAAGCCCUCUCCCAAGACGCAGGGCGGCCUCGUCGUUGCCUUCUACGCGAUGCAGGUGUUCCAGGCAUGCAACCCCGCCAUCUUCCUCAUGCUCUCGCGCAACUCGGCCGGCCACACCAAGAAGUCGAUCACCUACGCGAUCACUUACAUCGGCUGGGCGGGCGGCAACGCCAUCGCGCCCCAGUUCUUCCAGUCGAUCUGGGCGCCGCGCUACCUCAACUCGCUGUACAUCCACCUGGCGAUGUACGGCUGCUUCAUCGCCACGUGCCUCGCGACGCGCAUGCUGCUCGUCAGCCGCAACAACAAGCGCAUCGCGGCGCAGGGCGACAACCCGCCCAAGAACGAGCUGGCCUUUGAGGACCUUACGGACUUGCAGAACCCCGACUUCCGCUACUCUAUCUAA